UAGACAGGAUAGUGCUCCUUGAACUGAACGCGUCUCUGUCCCACACCGAACGCAGUUUAACAGCCAACUGACACACAGCCGUUGAACCGCAAGCCAGCUUUCCACUGAACUGCACUUUUACCCGAUUGGGAAAGGUUGGCUAAACUCACCUUGGAUGUUAGCAAUGGCUCUCAUGCGACUGCGACCCAUGCGUUUGACCCUUUUGUCACCAAGAGGAAGAUUUUCUCUUUGUGUGAAUAGUGGUGUCAAGUACAGAGUCUCUGUGUCCCAGUCCCCCCAGCUUCUAGCGUUUGAUAAGACAGUCGUAGCUCAUAACUUCCCUCCAAAGUAUCUCCCGCUGACCAUCACUGCAUGCCGACCGGCAUUCACGACAUUAGUGCUGCCCACUUCUGUCAACUCUAUAUGCUUGCGUGCUUUUUCGACAAACCGGCACUUCUCAAGGAAAAGCCAGAACAGCCAGUCUCCCUUUAGAAAGACAAAAGUGUCAUCGUCUGUCCUGGAGGGUGAGACGCUUGCUAUGGGCAUGUGGUCGCUCGGCCUUGGCGCUGUGGGGGCCGCCAUCGCUGGCUUAAUAUUUGCAAACACUGACUUCUUGCUGACUAAACCGGCAGCUGCUUCUGUAGAGUAUCUAGGAAAUGCUGACCUCAAAACCAUCAGCAGUGAUGAGAGGGCUUUAAAAGCAAAAACACUCUGGGAGAAAUCUGGUGCAGUGAUCAUGGCUGUCCGGCGACCUGGAUGAUUUUUGUGCAGAGAGGAGGCCUCUGAGCUGUCCUCUCUGAAGCCCCAGCUGGAUGAGCUCGGGGUCCCUCUGUAUGCUGUUGUGAAGGAGAAUGUAGGUACAGAGAUUCAGGACUUCAGGCCUCACUUUGCAGGGCAGAUCUUCCUGGAUGAAAAGCAAGCUUUUUAUGGGCCACAACAGAGGAAGAUGGGUCUGCUUGGUUUCAUUCGCUUGGGAGUCUGGCAAAACUUUAUAAGGGCCUGGAGGUCAGGUCACCAAGGCAACAUGAAUGGAGAAGGUUUCAUCCUGGGAGGGGUGUUUGUCAUCGGAUCUGGUGAACAGGGGGUUCUUCUAGAGCACAGAGAAAAGGAGUUUGGAGAUAAAGUCAACACAGAGUCGGUUUUGGAAGCCGCUAAGAAAAUUGUGGUAGAAAAAUAGAUGUUGUCUAAGUUUGUCAGGUGCAGCAAAGCUGCCAAGUUUGAUUAAAAUAGAUUAAGGAAAGUUCCCCCUUGAUAUAGUCACAUCCCACCUCAUCACACUCUGCUACUAAUGCUGUGAAUAGAGGGAAAAGCUCAGGUUGUUGAAUUGUUAGCAGUGACUGGUACAUUUAAGAGCUAAGUAACAAUGCCACAGAGUUGCAUGUGGCCUCGUUUUAAUUCUGGUGCUUUAGUAUGUACAAAUGGGAGUAAUGUUGUGUAAUUAAGUAAUAUUGUUUCUGCACUUUAGAAAUUGCUUGUCAUGACUCAUUGCAUUGUUGUUUUUCAACUUUCUGUGUUCCUUUGGUUGCCUGCUGUCACACUGGUGGUUUUCUGUGGUAUGUGUAUUAAUGAAAGUUUGUCUCCAAACUCCAUGUUGAAAGAGCAGAUUUGAUGCAAACACAUGCUUACAAACCUGCUGGUGUCUGGUCAGUGAGCAGCCAAAGGUUCAGCUAGGGGUGGACACAAUGAACAAUAAACAUGUCACCUCCAAAAAUUCAA